AUGCAGGAGGUGGUGAAGAAACGGCCGAUAAUCUCUGCAAGGGAAAGAGGCCCGGGCCCUGGACGCUACGCUCUGCCCCCUACAGUCGGAUACAUCAACCAUGACUUCACCAAGCCCAGCAGCCCUGCAUACUCCUUUCACAGCCGCAUGAGCAGCGCCAUGGUCUCUGUGGACUCCAGCCCAGGACCAAGGUACCACAUUGAUGCCAGGGUCACCCGGUUUGGCCGGAUGGAAAGCCCCUCCUACUCCAUUUUGGGCAGAGGAAGGCGCACAGGAAAUAAUAAAGGCGAGCUGUUCCAGACUCCAGGGCCGGGGGCCUACAGCCCAGAGAAGGCUCCACCUCUCAGUGCUCAUCACAGACCACCAUCCUACUCCAUCGGCAGCCGAACCAGAUACCGCUCUGUGGACGCUGUACCAGCACCCAACAGCUACACUCUUCCUAACCUGCUGGGCUGCCAGGUUCCCAAUAAAUCCUCCAGUGCCAGCUACAGCUUUUCGGGUCGGAGGAAGGUCGGAGCUCCGUCUGAAGACCUCUCCAUGAGCCCUGGACCAGCAAAAUAUGAUACCACCAACCCAGACAUUUACCGCCAGCGCCAGCCCUCUUUCUCUAUACAAAGACGGACUAAGAGGCCUAAUAAUUCGUCAGCGGUUCCUGGCCCGGGCAUGUACAGCCCAGAGAAGUUUCACGUGCAUCUCCCCAGACCACCAUCCUUCACGAUGGGCGUCAGACACUCUGAGUUUGUCACCCCACUUGUGGUGGAUAUAGUUGACUGAGAGGUCUGCAGAAUCAACAUGAAUGCCUUGUUUUUAUUCAGUUUUUCACACAAAUGUGGAGCUGCCAUACAAUAAUAAACUCUUUGAAAUCUGAGAAAAUUGGCUUGAUUAUUUUCAAAUACAUGGGUAGAGGACAAUGGGCAAUUUAAC